AUGGCGACAGAGAAGCUUCGCAUCGGUAUCGCAGGCCUUGGCCGUAUGGGCAAGCGUCAUGCUGUGAACUUCCACGAGCUCACUGCUCGUGCAAAUGUUGUAGCUGCGAGCACUCCUGAUCCUACGGAGCGUGAAUGGGGAGCGAAGAACCUUGAAGAAGUUCAAAUCUUCCAAGACUACGACGAAAUGCUUGAAAAGGCCAAUCUGCAAGCUGUUGUAAUUGCGAGUAUCACUGCUGUGCAUGCAGAGCAAGCUAUAAAAGCAAUCAAAAAAGGCCUUCAUGUUCUUUGUGAGAAGCCGUUGAGUAUUGAUCUUGAAGUGGCUCAGUCUGUCGUUUCUGCAUACGAGGAGUCUCUCAAGAAAUACCCACAGCAGAAAGUGAUGUGUGGGUUUUCUCGUCGCUUUGACGCUUCAUAUCGUGAAGCCCAUGCAAGAAUUUCAAAGGGCGAGCUUGGAGCUCCGGUUCUUUUCCGAUCUCAAACAGCAGACUUGCAUGAUUCAUCGGGAUUCUUCGUUCAGUAUGCGAAGACAAGCGGUGGUAUUUUCGUGGAUUGCUCUAUUCACGACAUCGACCUCAUGAUUUGGUUCCUAGGUGAGAACCGUAAGGUCAAGAGCCUGCAGGCAGUUGGUGUUUGUGCCGUCCACCCAGCACUAGAGGCGAGCAACGACCGGGAUAAUGCGAUCGCAACUGUGGAGUUUGAGGGUGGAAAGAUCGCGGCGCUGUAUUGCUCACGUAUGAUGGCAGCCGGGCAGGAAGAUACAUCGGAAAUCAUUUGCGAGAAAGGUUCGGUGAGGGUGAAUAUGCAAGUGAGAAAGAACCACGUCGAAAUCCAUGACUCCCAGGGCGCCAGACGUGAGCUGCCGCAGCAUUAUUAUGAGAGGUUCCGGGAAGCUUUUAUUACCGAGGCCUCUGAAUUCACGGCAUGCUGUCUGGAUAACUCUUCGCCUCCAAUCAGCCUCCAAAGCUCUGUCAAAGCGGUUUCUAUUGGGCAAGCAUUGCAGAGAAGUCUUAUUAGUGGCGAGAAGAUUCUCUUCGAUUGA